AUGGAGUAGGAAGGAAAAGAGAAGGUACCUGCUGGGACACGUGACCAGAAGACAGGUCUACGCGGCGGAGGCUGUGAGAGGCGGCGUGGACACGCCGAGUAUAUGACCAGCUUUCAUGAAAGACAGCAGAGAAGCAAAGCGCCUUUUUGUGGGUGGCCUUAGCCAAGCCAUUUCUAAGACAGAUCUACAAAAUCAGUUCAGCAGAUUUGGAGAAGUGUCUGAUGUGGAGAUCAUUACACGAAAGGAUGACCAAGGAAACACACAGAAAGUCUUUGCAUAUGUUAACAUCAGAGUAGCGGAAGCAGAACUGAAAAAAUGUAUGUCCAUUUUAAACAAAACAAAAUGGAAAGGUGGAAUACUACAAAUUCAACUAGCAAAAGAAAGCUUUUUACACAGAUUGGCCCAAGAAAGAGAAGAAGCAAAAGCAGAGAAAGAAAAAUCAACAGGCAGCACCAACUUGUUGGAAAAGAUGGGAGGGGUGGAUUUCCAUAUGAAAGCUGUGCCAGGGACAGAAGUACCAGGGCACAAGAAUUGGGUGGUCAGUAAAUUUGGAAGAGUCUUACCCAUUCUUCACCUUAAGAAUCAACAUAAACGUAAAAUCAUGAAAUAUGAUCCAUCAAAAUACUGCCACAACCUAAAGAAGAUAGGGGAGGAUUUCACAAAUACCAUUCCUAUAACUAGGCUCACUUGGGAACUGGAAGGAGGCAAUGACCCAAUGAGUAAGAAGCGGCGAGGAGAGUUCUCUGACUUUCUCAGUACUCCUAAGAAGAUCAUGAAAGUACAGCAGGGCCAGGGUUCCACUGUGAAUCCCAGGACCAAUAGGGUAAUGGAGAAAAACUUAUCACCACAGCAACAAGCUACACAAAAAACACCUCGUGAUUCCAUUACUUUUUCUAAAUCACACCCUAUGCUUGAUUCUGAUGCUCAAAAACUUAAAAAUAUACUUUGUCAGACUUCUUGCUUGGAAACUGUCAAGAAGAUAAAUAGCAUGUCUGAUGAUGAUAUUGAUUCUGAAGAUGAAUUAAGAAUGAUAAUUGCAAAAGAGGAAAAGUUACAGAGAACCUCAUGGUCCUCCAUCAGUGAAUCUGAAAAUGAUCCCUUUGAAGUUGUAAGGGAUGAUUUCAAAUCAGAUGUUCAUAAACUUAAUUCUUUAUCAAGUCUGUGUAUGAAUAAAUUCUCUUGCAGUGUUAAUGACAAUAUUAUGGGAAACGAUUAUGAGUAUGAUUCAGGUGAUACCGAUGAAAUCAUUGCAAUGAAAAAAAACAUCAGUAAAGUAAAAAAUAGUACAGAAUUUUCUCAGGCAGAAAAACCUAUAAGCAAGAAAUCUUUCAAAAAGAAAGAGUUUUCCAAUCAUUGUAAUAAACUACAAAAAAGAAAAAACAACAAAGAAUCAGCCCUUAGUGACGGAAUGAAGCCUCUUAAUUGUAAGUCUCCAUCUGAUUCCAGCAUCAGUGACAGUGAGGAGUCUGAAGGAGAUGAAGAAUAUGAAACCAUGAUGAAAAACUGUCCCCGAGUGAAUCUCACUUUGGCUGAUUUGGAACAGCUGGCGAGCAGUAAUCUGGGGGCUCCAGAAGAUGCUGAGAGCAGUGACCCACAAACUGCCACAAGCUGUAAGUUUGAUAGAAUGUGCAAGAGCCCCAAGACGCCCCGUGGCAUCUACCCAGGCAAACAGUGCAUUUGUCCUGAGGAGAUUCUGGCUUCCCUUUUAGAGGAGGAAAGCACCUAUGGUAAGCAGAAACCAAAGGAAGAUGAGAAAAAGCCAAAAUUUCAGGCAUUCAAGGGAGUAGGCUGUCUGUAUGGAAAGGAAUCAGUGAAAAAGACCUUGAAUAUUGCCUCAAAUAAUACCAGUAAAGAACUAGGUUCCUUGAAACAUGGGGACUCCAGUAGCGUCUCAAUAGAAAAUGAGUUGCCACAUGCUAAUGGCUCACCAAGCAAACUAACUACAUGGCAACAUACAAAGAAGACAAAUGGCCCAAGUCACAUUCAACCUCCAAGACAGUUCACUUGUGAGACUCAAGAUCACAAGGUGGUCUCCCCAAGCAGUUCAGACAAGGAAGGUGGAAAUCUUUCUAGUCUAUUGCCAUUAAAAGGUAAGAAAUCUUUAAGUCUUGGUUCAAAGAUUCACAAGAUAGGGUUUGAUAAAGAUAGUUGCCAUGGUACCCAACAUAGAGACAAAGAGAAGUCUAAUUCCAGAAGUGUCACAUCUCAUGGAAAACCACCAAAGCACUCUCACAGGGAGGAUACUCGGGAGAGCACAGCUGACUUCUCACUUUCCGUUAAUAACUCAUUAAGUAUGGAUGCUCAGACUAAGCCUGCUGAAGAUAAUCAGAAGCGUUUGGCGGCCUUGGCGGCAAGGCAGAAAGCAAAAGAAACACAGAAGCAGCUGGUGCACAAUGCACUGGCAAAUUUAGAUGGACCUCCACAGGACAAGCCAACACAUAUCAUAUUUGGCUCUGACAGUGAAAGUGAAAUUGAGGAGACAUCCACUCAAGAGCAAAACCUGCCAGGAGAAGAGCUGAUAAAACAGGAAUCCAUGGCUAAAGCAUCUGGGAAGCUAUUUAACAGUGACGAAGAAGAGGAAUCGGGUUCUGAGGAUGACAAUGACAGGUUCAAAAUUAAACCUCAGUUUGAGGGCAGAGCUGGACAAAAGCUCAUGGAUUUACAGUUGCACUUUGGCAGUGACGACAGAUUCCGCAUGGACUCUAGAUUUCUAGAGAGUGACAGUGAAGAGGAACAAGAAGAGGUCAAUGAAAAAAAAACAGCUGAGGAAGAAGAGCUUGCUGCAGAAAAAAAGAAAGCUCUGAAUGUUAUCCAAAGUGUUUUGAACAUCAAGUUAAACAACACUACAGGCAAAGGACCAGGAGCUGCUAAGAAAUUUAAGGACAUCAUACGUUAUGAUCCAACGAGGCAUGACCACGUCACUUACGAAAGAACAAAAGAUGAUAAACCAAAAGAAAGCAAAGCAAAACGGAAGAAGAAAAGGGAAGAAGCUGAGAAGCUACCGGAAGUGUCCAAAGAUAUGUAUUAUAACAUCGCUGCAGACUUGAAAGACAUAUUCCAAGCUACAAAAGAUACCUGUGAAAAGGAAGAAGAUGCACCCCAGCGCGAGGCCUGUGCUGGAGAGCAGGAGGAGAAAGGCCAUGGUGGUGCAGCCCUGAUGAGUGAGGCCGAGCAGCCCAGCGGGUUUAUGUUCUCUUUUUUUGAUUCAGACUCUAAAGAUGUAAAAGAAGAAACAUAUAAAGUUGAAACGGUGAAACCUGGAAAGAUGGUCUGGCAAGGAGAUCCUCGGUUCCAAGACAGUAGUUCAGAAGAAGAAGAUGUUACUGAAGAAACAGAUCACAGAAAGCCCAGUCCUGAAGAACCAUCAUUUCUUGAAAAAGAGACCACUAGGUUUUUCUUUUUCUCUAAGAAUGAUGAAAGACUUCAUGGUUCUGACUUAUUCUGGAGAGGUGUGGGAAAUAAUAUUAGCAAGAGUUCUUGGGAAGCGCAAACAAACAGCUUGCUUAUGGAUUGUCGGAAGAAACAUAAAGAAGCAAGAAGAAAAGUUAAACAAAAAUAAUAAAUAUCAUCAUUGAGUUUU